GAAUCAUACUGGGGAAAACCUUUCAAGGAUGAGUUCAAACACAACCUGUCACAUGCAGGGCGAGGCAUCCUUAGCAUGGCCAACUCAGGACCCAACACCAACAAGUCGCAGUUCUUCAUUACAUUCCGCUCAUGUGUCUACCUAGACAAGAAGCACACAGUGUUUGGAAGAGUUGUUGGUGGUUUUGAGACCUUGACAGCAAUGGAGAAUGUGGAGAGUGACGUAAAGACUGACAUGCCAAAGGAAGAGAUCAAAAUUGAGAAGACAGCAGUGUUUGUGGAUCCUUUUGAAGAAGCAGAUGUUUUGAUCGCAGAAGAACGGGAGAAAGCUCGGAACAAGGAGGAAGAGGCAAAAGCCAAAGCAAUGCCAGUUGUGCCUAAACGUAGUUCAAACGAUGGUCCAAAAACCUACCGGCAAGGUGUUGGGAAAUACAUUAACAUGGCAGCUACAAAACGAGUGGCAGUGGAUCAAGAUAGCAGUCCAUCCACCAGCAGCAGCAAAAAAAUUAAAGGCAUUACUGGCUUUGGCAACUUCAGCUCGUGGUAGGACUGACACAAACAGCAAGUGAAGAGACCAGCAGCAGACAGCAGCGUUGGCAUUCAACCCUACAAGAUCUCUUUCACAUUCAAAAGACCUAAAAGAUCAAAGGUUGCCAAAGAAGUGACUGAAUUUCUAUGUAAAGGAAUCUUCCUGAAAUAGGUAAAUGUAGUGAGGUAGAGAAAGUUACAGUUUCCAUUUUCAGUGUAUAUGAGAAUGUUGCAUUUGUUUCCUUGAUGAUGGGCCAGGUUCUGCACAUUAUUGCAAUCUGGCUGCACACAGAUGAUGUGAUUAGUUAUCAUUUCUCUUUUUAUGUAAAAAGAUAUAAAUUUCUCAUUUGCUGCAUCAAUUAAACUCAGUUGGUUUCUUAGCUGAGCUGAUUCAUCCUGCUGUGCGAUCCUAUUGAGUUCAGACUUCCUUGUAAUGAAACUAACCAGGUGUAAAUUGAAACAUAGAAAAUAGGUGCAGGAGUAGGCCAUUCGGCCCUUCAAGCUUGCACCACCAUUCAAUAUGAUCAUGGCUGAUGUAAUCUCAGUACCCCAUUCCUGCCCUCUCCCCAUACCCCUUGAUCCCUUUAGCUGCAAGAGCCAUGUGUUUAUUUCCAUUGCAGUGAGCAACUGGCACUACCACUAACCAUAUGUUUCAAAACAAGUUCAUUUUACAUUCAUAAAGUUAUUGAAACAUUUCAGAGAGCUCUUCCUGCUCCAGUGACUUCAGCCGCUUUACUGAAGGAUUAACAAGCCUCAAUGUGAGUAAUGUGGUUACAAUAAAAGGACUUUAGACAUCAAA